CAAAAUCUCACUCAUUUCUCAAAACCCUAAUUGCUCUGCAGCUACGACUUUCUCUCUCUUCUUUCAGGUGUGACGAUUUGCAGCAUCAAUGGCGCCUCCUAAAGAUGGUAAGAAAAGUGAUCCCAAGGCACAAGCUUUGAAAGCUGCAAAAGCUGUGAAAUCCGGAGCUUCUACCUUGAAGAAGAAGGCCAAGAAGAUCAGGACCAAAGUUACUUUUCAUCGGCCAAAGACAUUGAAGACAGACAGGAACCCCAAGUACCCUCGCAUCAGUGCACCACCAAGACAUAAGUUGGAUCAUUACCAGAUACUCAAAUACCCCUUGACUACUGAGUCUGCAAUGAAGAAAAUUGAAGACAACAACACGUUGGUUUUCAUCGUUGACAUUCGUGCAGACAAGAAGAAGAUUAAGGACUCUGUCAAGAAGAUGUACGACAUCCAGGCCAAAAAAGUGAAUACCUUGAUCAGGCCCGAUGGCACCAAGAAGGCCUACGUUCGGUUGACACCCGAUUAUGAUGCACUGGAUGUGGCAAACAAGAUUGGUAUCAUAUAAGCUGUGUGCCAUCUUUGUUUUUUAUGCUUAUGAUCACUUUUGAGUUUUUUUGAUAGGAAACAGCCAAAGCUAAAUAGAAAAACGUCUUUUCCGUUCGGUAUUUGAUUGCUUUGAAGCUUGAGUUUUAGUUUUAGUAUUAUCAUUAUGUGCUCUUUUGAGUAUGUUUUUAAACUUUUUAAUGUUUAUUGGAACUUUGGAAGCUCCUCUUGGUAUCCAACCAUGUGGUUUCUUCGACUCGUUAGAGAUAUUUAUCUCUUUAGUUGAUUUUGAUGAUAAACUCGUUCCCAUAAA